AUGGUGUGGGCAGCCCCAGCCCCGGCUGCCAUCGCCCUCUGCCUCCGUGUCUCCACAAACCUGGUGAAAGCUGCAGUGGCUGCCCUGGUCAUUGGAGCUGUCCUGUCCACUGCAGAGCAUCACCCUGGGUGGAGCAGGAGCCUCCCCCGAGCAGCUUCAUCUCAUCCCAGGCUGAAGCGGAGCAUGGACGGUGAGGGGGACACACCGUCUGCCUGACACAACUCCUCACCCACAGGCUGCCCCUCCAAGCCCAUCACCUCCACCACCAUCACCACAAACCCCCUGUUAUCCCUGGAUUACACCUCUGAGGAGUUCAACCUGUGCCUGAGCAACGAUGUCUUAAUUGAAAACCUGGAGGCUCUGCUGGACAUGCCGUUCACCGUGGACUACUACAAGGUCAUGAAAGAAAAGGUGGACCAGGCUUACCCAUCGGGGAUCCCAGAGGAGCUGCUGAGGCGCCUGGGACUGCUGGCCUGCUGGUACUCAGAGGAGGAGAUCAGUCAGUGGUCAGUGACGUCCAGUGACACACUGGUAGCCCUGCUCAGCUCCUCGGAAGGGUGCUGGGAUGAUUCCCAGGUGCAGCAGCUGCUCAGCAGGUACCUGACCCUGGGGGGCACCUUGACCGGGCCCCUGCUCCAGGCCAUCGGGGGCAGCCACCUGUGCAACCUGCAGGAGGAGCAGGUGGAGCAAAUCCCCGCCCAAGCAAUCGGGACUGCUGGGCAGUUAGACAUUUCUGCCUGCUCCCAAGCCAAGAAGGAGCUGCUCUACAGGAAGGCUCGGGAGGCCUUUGCUGACCUGGCCAACACCCCCAGCGUGUAUUACUGCCGGCUCCAGCCAUACCUGGGUGGAGCUCCAGCAGAGGACCUGAAAGCCUUGGCCAAUGCUGGCGUGGCCAUAGACAUGGAUAUGGACACCUUCCUGUCCCUAAAUCCCGAGGAACUGCAGAAACUCAGUGUCAUGGACGUGAAAAAUUUGCUCGGGGAAAACCUCCCAGAGCUGAAGAAAGCUGAGAACGAGCCCUUGGUGAUGGGCUGGGUGGAGAGACAGUUCCAGAGGGAGCUGGACCGUGUCCUGGGAAUCGGCCUGCAGGGAGGGAUGGAGGACCCCAUGGGGACAACCACGCCUGCUGCCCCCCCCACCACAGCCAGUGUCACCUCCACAGCCACCAGCCCUUCUCCCACCACAAAUAAGGCCACCCCGUCUCCUGUCCCACUCCUCCCCACCACCCUGGCCCCUGUCAACCCCAACACCACCUCUCCCAGCUCUGUCCCAGUCCCUGCUGUCACCUCCAGGGCCACCACCAGCACCAGUGUUGGCACUGACCCGGCUGGUACCACCCACAGCACCAGCUCCCCUCUGGUGCCUGUGAACACCCCAGCACCCGGGGGGACCACCCACCCUGCUCCUGCCACCCACAGCACUGUCAUCCCCAGCACCCACACCACAAGCCCCCCUCCCCACAAGCCCACCCCAGUUCCCAGCUCCACCAUCUCCACCCAAAAGAGCAUCAUCUCCUCCACGCCCGAGACCACCCCAGUGCCCUGCCCGAGCAGUGGCCCCCCGGGAUUCCCCAGCCCUUCCUCCACCACCACCAGCAGUGAGGCCACCAAACCAAGCCCCGGAGCUGUGCCGGAGUCACCACGACCAACAUCCAACGGGCACAUCAACCUGCAGCCCAAGCCUGAUUCAGGACCCAGACUGUCCUCCUGCCUCAUCCACGUGCUGGCUGUCACCGUGGGGACCUUGCUGCUGCAGGGGCUGCUCUGA